CAAAUUCCAUACCGAAGCCCCCCCGCCUUUCUCUCUCUAUAUAUCUUUUCUUCUCUCGCCCACUCUUCCCUCCAGUCUCCGUCCCAUCAAAAUUCAACGUCUGCUAUCUUGCGCCUCAAAGCUCAUUGUUUGUUUGCCAAUGGCGCACGAUAGCAUCCAGCUUCCUUGCGGAGGCGAUGGUGCUUGCAUGCGCUGCAAAGUCACCCCUCCGACGGAGGAAACCCUCACUUGCAGCAUCUGCGCUGCUCCUUGGCACGUGGGUUGCUUGGCUUCUAAGCCCGAAACUCUGGCUUCUACUUUGCAAUGGCACUGUCCUGACUGCUCAGGCGACCCCCUUCUCCCGCCAUCGGUCGCCACUGAUGGGAGCUCUAGCGAGCUCUUUGUGGCGAUAAAGGCAAUAGAGGCGGAUGAGUCCUUGACGGAGAAGGAGAAAGCGAGGAAGAGGCAGGAACUAGUGAGUGGGAGAGUUGAAGAAGAUGGAGGGAAUGGAAAAGGGGAGAGCUCUGUUUUGGAUGUUCUUGACGAAAGCUUAAACUGUUCGUUUUGCAUGCAGUUACCUGACAGGCCUGUUACGACGCCAUGUGGCCAUAAUUUCUGCCUUAAAUGCUUCCAGAAGUGGAUAGGUCAAGGGAAGCGUACUUGUGCAAAAUGCCGCUCAACAGUUCCCCCCAAAAUGGCUAGUCAGCCUCGUAUUAAUUCUACUCUUGUAUCUGUCAUCAGAAUGGCCAAGCUAUCGAAAUCAAAUGCUGCUGCUGGUCCUCCGAAAGUUUUCCAUUUUAUACACAAUCAAGAUCGACCUGAUAAGGCUUUCACUACAGAGCGAGCACAAAAAGCUGGGAAAGCAAAUGCUGCUAGUGGGAAGAUAUUUGUAACUGUACCACCUGAUCAUUUUGGCCCGAUUACAGCUGAAAAUGACCCAGAUAGAAAUCAAGGUGUGCUUGUUGGUGAAUGUUGGGAAGACAGAUUAGAAUGCAGGCAGUGGGGUGCUCACCUUCCCCAUGUCGCAGGCAUCGCUGGUCAGUCAAACUAUGGUGCUCAAUCGGUGGCACUCUCAGGGGGGUAUGAGGAUGACGAGGAUCAUGGAGAAUGGUUUCUCUACACAGGAAGUGGAGGUAGAGAUCUCAGUGGAAAUAAGCGAACAAACAAGGAACAGUCAUUUGAUCAAAAAUUUGAGAAGAUGAAUGAAGCUUUGCGAGUAAGUUGCAAAAAGGGUUAUCCUGUUCGAGUUGUAAGGUCGCACAAAGAAAAACGAUCUUCAUAUGCCCCAGAGAAAGGGGUGAGAUAUGAUGGAGUGUAUAGAAUUGAAAAAUGCUGGCGAAAGGUUGGAAUACAGGGAUUUAAAGUUUGCCGAUAUUUGUUUGUGAGAUGUGACAAUGAGCCAGCCCCAUGGACAAGCGAUGAGCAUGGUGAUCGACCUAGGCCCUUACCUGCUAUUUCUGAGCUGAAAAAGGCAACUGACAUAUUCGAGAGAAAGGAGAGUCCAUUGUGGGACUUUGAUGAAGAAGGUAGUCGAUGGAAGUGGAAAAAAGCUCCUCCUCCAAGCAAAAAGCCAGCAAAUGCAGCUGAUCUUGAAGAAGGGAAAAGGACAAGGAAAGCUAUAAGGCACUCACGUAAACUAAGUACAAGAGAAAGACUCCUCAAAGAGUUUGGUUGUCUAAUCUGUCAGCAAGUUAUGAGUCUCCCGGUUACAACUCCUUGUGCCCACAACUUCUGCAAGUCUUGUUUUGAAGCUGCAUUUACUGGUAAGACUGCUAUAAGAGAGAGGAAUAAAGGAGGCCGGACUCUUAGAUCACAAAAGAACAUCCUCAACUGUCCUUCGUGCCCCACUGAUAUCUCUGAUUUUCUUCAAGAUCUUCAGGUCAACCGGGAAUUGAUGGAUGUGAUUGAGUCACUGAAACAAAAGAGCGAGGAGAAUGAGGAGCCUGCUGAAGAGGAACCCAUGAAUGGCUUGGAGGAAAGUACAGACCUAGGUUCCAGUGACGAAAAAACUGGCAAGAAAACUGAAAAUGUUGAUCCGAAAGAUGACUUAGAGAAUGCUCUACCUAAUUGUGAAGAAGAAAGAACUAGCAAGCGGAGGAAAGUGGAUACUGCUCAAGUAGGUGAUGAUGAUCUUUAAUGACAUUUUCUUUUUUAUCUGGUUAACUCUGUUUUGGUUGAAACUUUUUGUCAGAGAAUUAGAGGGAUUUUGGCAGUUGUGGUAGCUCAAUUCCACAGUUGUUAUCUUUACAAGAAUAGGACCGUAUUUGGUUAGCAAUAGCAUCCAUCUUUUUGUGUAGUCAGGCACCCAGGCUGUGUAUAAAUAGUUGUUUCUUUCAAGGCAUUCCACGGAUUAUGGAAAGUUUCUUUUUUGGUAUUUUCCAAGAA